GCUUUUCUCCUCCUUUCUUCUAUAGUACUGGUCUCCGCCUCUUUUCGGCCCAUGUCGCUGACCCUAACAAAUCUCCUCUUCUAUCAGCAUCGCCUCAGUCGGCACUGCGCUACUGUCACGGUAGUUGAGCGCCACGAUGACCACCUCCGUCCUGCUUCAUUGGCUCCCGCCUGCGUCCGUCUUCGCCGCUCGACUCCCCGCCUAUUCCCCCUUUGCCGUGCCAUCGGCGACGAAGCCCACUCUGAGUCGAACCAUAGUUUUUCUUCCAUGUCACCGGAUAUCCAGAGGCCUAUUGGUGACAAGAGUUCUGCUGAUGGUUAUGUGGGUCUCUUUGUUCGGAUGCUUGGUCUAGAUAAUGAUCCACUUGACAGAGAGCAAGCAAUAAAUACUCUCUGGAAGUAUUCCCAAGGAGGGAAAAAGUGCAUAGAUGGGAUCAUGCAGUUUCCUGGGUGCAUUAAUCUUGUUGUCAGCCUCCUGAAGUCAGAAUCCUCAUCUGCAUGUGCAGCUGCAGCUGGCCUUCUGCACAUUGUUUCUGCAGUCAGUAUGUACAGAGAUGCAAUUGCUGAAAGUGGCGCUAUUGAAGAAAUCUCCCGUCUUCUUUGUCAACAUACUUUAACAUCUGAGGUAAAGAAGCAAAGCCUAUGCACUUUGUGGAACUUAUCUAUUGAUGAAAAACAUAGGGAGAGGAUUUCCAAAGGCUAUUUGUUACCUAUUAUUGUUAAGUUUCUGGAUGAUGAAGAAAUUAAGGUGAAGGAGGCAGCCGGUGGAGUUAUUGCAAAUUUGACUUUGAGUCACCAUCUCCACAGUCUACUAGUAGAAGCUGGUGUUAUUCCAAAACUGGUAGUUCUUUUGGGAAAUGAUGAUAAGGAGUAUAAAGUCAUACAUAAUGAAGCAGAAGUUGCACUGUUGGAACUUUCUGUAGAUGAGUAUUAUAGAAUUCUCAUAAUUGAGGAGGGUCUUGUCCGUGUCCCACUGAUUGGUGCUGCUGCAUAUAAAAGUUUCCGGUCACCUACUCAUUCAUGGCCAUCUUUACCUGAUGGCACCAAAAUAGAGAAGACCUCAACUCCUUCAAGGUUUGGUGCUUCAGAUUUAUUAGUUGGGUUAACUAUUCGUGAAAAGAACAUAAAUUUAGAGGAAGCUACAGCCGAUGCCAUAGUGGGACGAUCUCGUCAGGAAUUUCUUGCAAGAAUUGGAGCUAUUGAGGUGGAUGGUCAGGAUCAAAAAUAUACUCUUUUGCCAUGGGUAGAUGGCAUUGCUCGUCUGGUUUUAAUUCUUGGGCUUGAAGAUGUCUCUGGUAUUACAAAGGCAGCCUAUGCAAUCGCUGAUGCAUCUAUAAGUGAGCAUAUGAGAAAAUCAUUUAAGGAAGCUGGAGCUGUUGGGCUUUUAGUUCAGCUUAUGCAACACAAUAGUGAGACUGUCAGAGAAGCUGUUGCUCAUGCUCUUGAUAGACUGUCUCUCAGUAAUAUUGUGCGCAAGAAAAUUGAGGAGGAAGGAGUCUUGAAGCCUCUUACAAGUAUACUGAAGGAACCAAGUACAUCAAAUUUUUUGUUAGAAAAGGCUGUGUGCAUCCUUUCUCGAAUUUUUGAAGCAGACAGUAGCAUCAACAUGGAGUUGUACGAAAAUAUCACUGAUGAUUUGGAUCAUACAAACAACAAUGAAGUUGUUAGUGAUGUGAGAAAAGUAACAGAUGCAUCAAGUCAUAAAGAAAUGAAGAGGGAAGUGUUAAAUGACUCUGUCUUCAUAUCCCGGCUUAUUGAGAUGUUAAGGACAUCUUCUCCAAGUUUGCAAGUAAAGCUUGCUUCUAUUCUCGAGUACUUGGUGAUUCUUGAAAAAAAUGUGGCAGUUGUCAUGGCAGGUGGAAUUGAGGUGGCACUUGAUGCUGUUUUCAGAAAGGUUUCUACAAAUGCUCAAUUUUCCCCCUGGAUCUUUCACUUUCUGUAAUGUGCUGUAGCUGAGAUUUUUCAGAAGUUAUAUCAGGACUUCCACAUUCUCAUUCUUGAAUUCCUGACAGGCAUGGAAAAUGAUAUUGAUAAUGGGCUCGCGCAAUACUACAUUGAAACUGAAGAAAUAGGUCUUGCUACUGCUGCAGCUUCUAGAUUGCUAGCUAGAUUGCUAGAUUUCAAUCAGUGCUAUCAGAUAAUUGAUAGUGGGCAUUUCACAGUUCUACUGCGUGAUAUUUUGAAGUCCUCUAUCCCUCUUCAUACGAAAGACUGGAUUGCUGCAUGCUUAGUAAAACUGGAUUCUAAAGUCAGCAACACUUCAGAACUUGGGUAUCCUAUUGAGAAGGAAGUAGUUCUAUACGAGACGAUACCAAGACUUGUUAAUGAGAUGAGCUCAUCCUUUUCCCAUCAGGAUCAAGAAACUGCUGUUAAAGAAUUGAAUAAGAUAAUCUCUCAAGGAGUCAUAGACUACACCAAGGCAGUUGCUACUGCAGGAGGGAUAUUCCCACUGGUGAAACUGAUCGAAGAGGUCAGUGGUGAUGCACUUGAAGCUAGCCUUUCCCUUUUGUAUAACCUUAGCAUGGACAUUGAGAACCACUCAGCCAUAGUUGCUGCUGGAGCUGUACCAGUUUUGAAGAGGAUAGUUCUUUCAGAAGGGCCACAAUGGACUCAUGCUCUUCGUAUUUUGCGAACAUUGCCCACUUGAUUAUUAAUCCAACAAACAAGCUAUACCUUAAACAUGGAAUAAGAUAAACUACAUAAUAUCAAGGUGGCGUCCCAACCAACAUACACUAGUCUGAUGGUGAUGUUCCUUGCAGUGACCUACAAGCUUACCCAGAACUCGAAACACUUCAUCUUCAAGGAGUUAAACAACUCAGGCUACAAAAAAUUCCAACUGAGGCUGAACUUAUCCUUUCUUCGUUGGAACGCCAUCAUAGGAUCUGCACGAUCUACUAUAGCUAUCCACUCAAAAGUGUUCAUUUCGUAUCAACUCUCUAAUAUGGCAAUCGACAAGUUUGAAGGGGUUAACUAGUGAGUGAUUCAUAGAGCCAUUCUUCUGUUUGUACCUUCCUGUGCUUAAUAUAUAGAUAGUAGAUUGCACUAGCCAGCAUAUUCCCUUCUCAAAAAGAAUGUGGCAUCUUAUGUUUU